CUUAGGGCGCGUGGUCUGUGUGGAACAGUUGCAGGCUGGGGAUAGCCUACAGUAUCCUGAAUGAGUGUGGCCUCAUUUCUGUUAGCUAUCAAAGUGAUCCACGGUACAGGCAAGUAUGUAGGUUUUAAUAUUUUCCCUGGGUGAAAACGGGAUAUACGAGUUAUCUUAAUAUAACUACGAGCUGUUUAGUUAUUUGGAUUCGUUUAGCCGGAUAUUUUCAACCAUGUACUAAUGAAUCAGCUAUCAAGCUAACUUUCAGAUAACGUUAACCAACUCAUGUUGGAAAUGUUAGCUAGCCUAACCUUCCCCUUUAAAAUGUAGCUGGUUAGCGUUCGCUUUGUGUUGGUAUAAUAGCGCACACGUUAGAACACUUUCUGGUUUAAACAUACUCAUUUGUCAAAUGUUAACUUAGUUAGCUAACAUUGUCAUUGCAAUCACAGGCGCUUGUAUGCUAACAUUAGCGUAGUUCUAGCUAACAAGCUAGCUGACCAGGUUACUGUAAGUUCUGUAUUUACUUUAACAAUAUACACCAGUCUAACAAAUGUACCGACAAUUGAGGUCAGUAGCCAUAGCCAUCACCAUGUCCUUGGGACGUGUAUCAGCCACAUGGCAAAAGUUAACAGGAUGGUUGUGUAACGUUAGCUUGUUAUGAGCUAGUUAGCUAGCCAGAAUCAAGUCAGGCAAUAGUGAGGCUGAAUUGCAAUGGCUGUUUGUUUGCUGCCAGGAACAACUAGCUAUAUUGUUGUGCAGAGCAUCGGCGCCUGUCUAUCAUUACGUUGCAUACCACCCUACUCUAGUCCAAGUCUCGCUGUACGUACAUCUUGUGGAACAGCUGUCCGCACUGGAUUAGGCUAGCCAUUGAAUGAAUAAUAGCUAGUGCCUGACAUCUGUUCAAGUCCAAAACCACACUGCCCUCUUCCAUAGGUCACAUUUAUUUUGUAACUGAUAUCCUACUGCUGCAAUAUUAUUGUACCCCACUAUUGGAACUGUUAUCUGUAUUAGUGCUUCCUCUAAUGACCUUCCUAAAACGAUUGUUUGCUAUAUUUUAAAUGCAGUCUUCAUUUUCUGUUCCUACAGGCUUGUUUCCCCCUCAAACCUUCUCACACUAGUUGUGUGUUUUGUGCAGGGUCUGUUGCCGCCAUGCCUGCAAAGAAGGCUCCUAAGAGACAGACGGAAAGUAAACCAGAGGCAGUAAAGGAUCCUAAGAAAGUUAAAGGUAAGCCACGGACUCUGACUCCAUUUAAGCCAAUAUGAAGUCUAUUGUGAGAUGUUCAAUAUCUUCGUCAAGCCGCCUACUUGAACACACCCUAGUAUGCAAAAUGGACUCCUUUGAAAUAGAAUCAUCAUCAGCGUCUGUGCUUGUUAAUUGCGCCAUAUGCGUGUUGUCAUAAAGAUACUACAGUUUGGAUUAAAUAAUGCUGUUAAUGUCAGUUUCCCACAGCAGCCAUGGGAAGGAGAAGGGUCUGGUUCUAGUGCUGGGCCAAGGGGACGUAGGACAGCUGGGUUUGGGAGAGGACAUCAUGGAGAGGAAGAGGCCGGCCCUGGUGACCCUGCCUGAGGGCGUGGUGCAGGUGGCGGCGGGGGGCAUGCACACAGUCUGUCUCAGUGACACUGGAAAUGUGAGUGAAGGCGGCAGAUCCAACUACAACUGUCUCAGAUACUGCAUCCAAUUUCAUAAAUCCAGAUUAAGCAUGCUACUGGUCUUUAAAAGCAUGCUCAAUUGAGAAUAUCUAUUAAAUGCUUUUUAGUUCAGGCCCUGUAUUAAUGAAAUGGCUCAGAGCAGUGUUUAUUUUGUCAACAGUUACGAAAAAUACUCGUCAAUGACCUAUUUUUCCUGACAAAAACAAAUGACGAUAACGUGAUAAGAUGCCCUGAAGAAAAACGAUAACUAUUCAAAAUAACUUUUUAGUUGACAAAUGUGAUGAGAAUUCCACGUGAUACUAAUUGACAUUCAAUUUCACAUGAAGCUCCUUUUGAUCUCCCUUUAAGCUGUUUGUGUCCAAUCAUAAGCAUGCAUGCCUUUGCGUAAUAUAAUGCAAUAUAAUUGGUCUUUCAGUUGCGCUGGCUGAUUAAGCUGAUCUAUCUGGCUCUCCCACACACACCGCUACCUGGCGGUCACUCCUCUCUUUUGAAUUUUUUAUUUUUGUCAUUUAGCAGACGCUCUUAUCCAGAGCGACUUACAGUUAGUGCAUACAUUACUUUUUUUGUUUGUUUUUUGUUUUUUUUCAUACCCCCCGUGGGAAACGAACCCACAACCCUGGCGUUGCAAACGCCAUGCUCUACGAACUGAGCUACAUCCCCUGCCGGCCAUUACCUCCCCUACCCUAGACGACGUUGGGCCAAUUGUGCGCCGCCCCAUGGGUCUCCCGGUCGCGGCCGGCUACGACAGAGCCUGGAUACGAACCAGGAUCUCUAGUGGCACAGCUAACACUGCGAUGCAGUGCCUUAGACCACUGCGCCACUGAUGCAGUAUUACCUUGUGUGCUGUUAUUCAUCUGUGUUACCGCUCUCGCGGUCAGCGAGUGCAGUUGCUUUUUCCUGAUUGGAAAUACUAAUGCUAUUUGCUGAAUAUUAGGAAUACAUUAAUCAUUUUGGCCGUUGUUGGAAAGCUCAGGUUCUCCCAUUUUAAAGGGAAUCACUGUUAUUUACCCACAUCACAAGGUUAUAAUGGGGAGAAAAUCUGAGUUGUAUAGGCCUAAAUUGUUUAACCUGUAGCCAAGGCUUUGUAGCCUAUAUGAUAAAUCAUGGCUGGCGUUGGUUACAAUCUGCCAAAAGCAAUGUUGCCAGCUAUGUGGGGAUAGUAGGCCUAUUUGGACAAGGCUAUCUUAAUGUGAACAUUAUCGAAGUUGGAGGUAAAUAUGAAUUAUUUCAUUGGGGGGGGGGGGGUGUAGAGUAAUAUGUGACUAAAACUGGAAAAAUUGUCCAGAGUUUUAGUCGACUGAUAACUACGAAAUAUCGAAUUACUAAACCGCCUGAUAGCUAAGACUAAAAGACUAAGGCUAAAUCUAAAAUAGCUGCCAAAAUUAACACUGGCUCAUAGUAAGAGUACUGAUCUAGGAUCAAGUCACCUCGCUCUUAUUCAUCAUUUAAAAGGCAAAACUGAUCCUAGAUCAGCACUCCUACUUGGGAAACACUUUGUGACUAUAGAACCAGGACUAAGAUUAAUCUGGGGCUGGGAAACCGUAUCUUAAUGAAAUAUGACUUUACUUGGUAACAAGCUGCUUGUCUCUGGUGUAGAUCUACACGUUCGGCUGCAAUGACGAGGGUGCUCUGGGCCGAGAGACGACAGAGGAGGGCUCCGAGAUGGUGCCGGGGAAAGUGGCCCUGGACGAGAGGGUGGUUCAGUUGUCUGCUGGGGACAGUCACACAGCUGCACUCACAGAAGACGGUGCAGUCUACAUCUGGGGCUCCUUCAGGGUGAGUAGGUGACAGGGUUUAACCUCUGUCAAACACCCUGGAUACUGUUUAUGCGCCAUUCCGUUACUCAAUCUUAAAUCAACUUUCCGUUGACUUGCCUUUUCAUCUGCCUUUAACUAAUCAAAUGGAAUACAAUUUUAUUCGUCACAUGCUUUAUAAACAACAUGUGUGGAUUAACAGUGAAACGCUUACUUAUGGGCUCUUCUCAACAAUGCAGAGAGAAAGAAAAUUGAAAAAUUAUAGAAAGUAAUACACGUAAAAGUAAUAAAUACACAAUGAGUAAUGAUAACUUGGCUAUAUACACAGGGUACCAGUACCGAGUCGAUGUGCAGUGGUACGAGGUAGAUAUGUACAUGCACUGUAUAACUAAGAAUAAAGUAACAGAUAAUAAACAGUAGCAGCAGCAGCAUAUGCCACCUCUAUCAUAGACCAAAUUCAGAUAACCUGCAAUUCUCACUAAUUUCACACAUUUUACCAUUUGCAUUAGGAUAACAGCGGAGUCAUUGGUCUACUAGAGCCCAUGAAGAAGGUUAUUGUGCCUGUCAAGGUCCCCAUGAAAUGGCCUGUGAUGAAAAUAGCAUCAGGUGAGAAAUGGGGGAUCUGUCCUUAAGCUUUCAGGUUUCUCUGCAGAAGUUCUGCCUGCCCGGAGGUCUGGGCCACGUUCAAUAAAAAUAUGAUUAGAACUGACGUGAUUCCUUAUUCUGCAUGUCAUAGAGGCAUGUUUGUCCUAUAUCUGAAUUUUCUACCAUAUUGUUUCUUGCUCAAUGCUGCCCUGGUUAUAAGACAAUAUUCAUGACCUCUGACUCCCAGGGAAUGACCACUUGGUGAUGCUGACCGCAAGCGGUGACCUCUACACAUCAGGCUGCGGAGAGCAGGGGCAGCUGGGAAGGGUGCCGGAGCUCUUUGCCAACCGAGGGGGCAGGAAAGGGCUGUGUAUGUGCCAACUCAAACCAUUUACCUCUGACACAGUAGUCAUUCACCCGUAGUUUGGGUGUGAGCACUCGUAUAAAGAAUGAAUAUCUGCACAAUUCUUCUUCUGUUUUGACUGCUGUGGGUGACAGUCAGGACAUGUGUUUCUGUAUGAUUACAGUGCGGUUGCUGAUACCUCAGAUUGUGAAGGUCCAGUCUAGGGGCAAGGUUCACUUCACAGACGCCUUCUGUGGGGCUUAUAUGACCUUUGCUGUGUCAAAGGAAGGCCACGUCUACGGAUUUGGACUGUCAAACUACCAUCAGCUUGGUGAGCAUGAGAUAAAAAUGUAUUCGACAACCUUCAGAAAUACUGUAACAGAACUUGUGGGGGGGGGUUAAUCCUCCAAAUUGAUCUUGAUUUAUUUUACAUUUUAGUCAUUUAGCAGAUGCUCUUAUCCAGAGUGACUUACAGUGAGUGCAUACAUUAUUUUUUUAUUUUUCAUACUGGCCCCCCCCCAACUAUAGCUAGGUUUCCAUCCAAUUGGCAACAGAUUUGCAUGUGAAUAUAGAAAAAUCUGCAUAAAGAAAUAUGCGCAGUUUCCCACCAGUGGUGUUUCCACCAAACUGACUUGUGUAUAAAAAGCAGUGCGUGAUGACAUGGUGCACAUAAAAGGUACUUUUUCGCGUACGUUUUCAUGUACUGUAUAAACAUCUAAAGUUGAAUGUGUUUCCAUUGCAUUUUCAACUCUACCGAUUUAGUUUUGUCACAAACAGUUUAAAUAGAAAAUGUGCCCACUCUGGUCUUGGCAUGUGCGCUCUAGCCAAACGCUCGCAGAUACAGUACGGGUAGGCUAGCUUUUUAUUUGUCAUGGAUGCCAAGGAUCAAUCAUCAUGUCACCAUAAUAAGACCCUCGAUAUUUAUUGGAAAGGAGCAUCAAACUCAUCACUGCAAUUCCACCUUGUCUAGUGUUUUGUUGACAUUUGGAAAGUUUCCCGACAAAUUUGCUGUUUCCAUCAGGCCUGUCGUGACUUUUUUUAUCUGAUGUACUUUACUUGCAUAGAAUGGUUGGCUGGAAACCUGGUUAUUUAUUAACACUUUUUGAGUCUCCGAUCUACUCUAGAAUUGCAGUCGGGUGUGUUGGAGAGAAUGUCACACUGUACCCAUUGACCAUAGACCUCUGUACUAAUGUUUCCAGGGACCAAACUCAUCAACACAUGCUUCGUUCCAAUAAAACUUACCUCCUUCAAAAACUCCACCAUUAACUGGAUGGGCUUCUCAGGGGGACAGCACCACACAGUCUGCCUCGACUCUGACGGUAAGCGCUUCAGGGUCGUAUCUUUUAUUUUAAUCCCUCUUGAUCAGAUCAACAAUGUCAGAACUUGGCAUUUAUGACUUGGACUGUUCAAGAAUCUGUCAACUGCAUAGUGCAGCACAAAUUGGGAAGAUAGAGAUGUGAUGUCUCUGUCCUCCUACAGGGAAGGUGUACAGCCUGGGCCGGGCGGAGUAUGGGCGUCUGGGUCUGGGCCCGGGGGCAGAGGAGAAGAGCGAGCCCACGCCUGUGGAAGGACUGGGUGGAGCCCAGGUGGUGGCAUGUGGGGCGUCGGUCAGCUACGCUGUCACCAAACAAGGUGAGGUUAUGGCUAGUGUAUUUCUUCUUGUUUAUAAAAAAAUAUAUAAUAAUAAUAAUCUGCUGAUGUUGUGCAUGUCUACAUUAUGGUGUGUAAUUGUGAUAGGAAUGACUCCAAGGCCGACGUGUCUGUAUAUGGUCCACUGAUGUGUGUGUUUAUUGCAGGGUCUGUGUAUGCCUGGGGUAUGGGCACUAACCUCCAGCUUGGCACGGGUGAGGAGGACGACGAGUGGAGCCCUGUAGAGAUGACUGGCAAGCAGCUGGAGAACCGCAUAGUACUGAUGGUGGCCAGCGGCGGGCAGCACACAGUCCUGCUGGUCAAAGACAAGCAGGAGAGCUGAUGUAUCCUCAGGCAUGGGAAGGGUGACCUUGUUGGUCUGUACAAGAGGGAUCUGUGUUAAAUACCUACAUGUGGGAGGAGGGGUUUGUAGCCGACUGUAACUUCCUGUGCUGACUGUAACUUCCUGUGCUGAGCCAGGUUAGCCGUAGAGGGAACGUGGUGAUGGAAAGGGGCAGGGGUGAGACUGACUAGUCCCUGUUAAAGAGGGCUCUGAUCUCGCCCACUCAGUGCAGAAAUCCCCUAACGUAUUCGGAUGUGGUUCAGUAGAUCAUGAUCAACAAGCAAGAGAAACAUUUUUUUUUUUUUUUUUUAAUCUAGUUUAUGCUUAGUUAUUUUUUUAUGAGAAUCUUUAGUAUGUCUGUCUGGGAUGCCAGUCUGUGUGUCUGUAUGUUUGUGGGGGAAAUGAUGGACGAGCCUUUUAAUGAAAUCCCAAGUCACAGCCUUUUAAGAUUCCCAUUUUUGUUCCAAGCAAUAAAAAAAACCCACGGCAUCAGUAAGAUGAGUACUAGUAUUUCUCGUCAGCAAGGUCCUUUCAUUUGAAAGUCUGGCCUAAGGUGUCUUGAACCAUGUAGUUGAGACUGCUGUUCACUGUACCCCCUUGCACAAUUAUUUGCUGGUCCUAUUUGGAAAUAAAAGUGAAAUUUUACUGUUUUGAUCUUCUCUGUUUUUGAUUUACACACUGCAAUGACAAACUUUGUCCAGGGGGUGGCACUGGUACUACAUUGAGGGCCCAAUUAGUAGAUUACUAUAGUGAUGACUUGAGUACAUCAGCCACACAUUUAUCAGUCC